AUGGCCGACAUCAAGAAAUUUGUUACCAGAACUAGCCUUGUCGGCAGCGGGUUGCCGAAAAGAAGCAGUCUGAUGCAGAAAAUCCAUGCCGAUAACAUAACUAUCAAGUAUAUGUCCCGAGAUGGUCUGGUCGCUUUGAUUCAGAAACAGCGGCAACAGGUCAAAACUAGAUCCGCACUGAACGAAGCUCUGCUACAGAAUAUAAAACAGGCUCAAUCGAUGACAAAGUCAUUAUCUGAGAAAACCUCAUCCUUGCCAGAACUACACCACUUGAAACCCAAAAGAUCCACAUCCCCACGAGCCGCCGGAUCUAAAGCCUUACUCCGAGCCUUGUCGCCAGAUGUCAACAGGCGAUCACUCCACGGAUUCCACUACCGUUCCAACGGCGACAUUCGCUCACCUUUACUGAGACCUGAGGAGAAAAAGGCGAACAAGUACAAACAAGAUCAACACAAGGAUUUCCAUUCGCUGAAACAAGCCUUGCUGAAAGCUACCAUGAUUCACUGCCGCGACUCCAAAGGAGAGUACACACUGGGACCAGUGCUAAACGAAGUCAUGAAGAGAGAAUCCCAUGUAUCGAAGUCUGUAUCGGACAUAUCUGAAAAUUUAGAAGCGCUGAGAUUUAUGUCGAAAGGUUAUCGGAGCCGCCAGGAUUUCGGCAUAAAACCCACAAGUGAUCCGAUAUUCUCUAGUACCACAAGUUUCAGAGAAAAACCAAUCAUUGGCAGACGGUAUUAUAUCCGAGAGAACGAUCGAUUCAUAAGUAAUAUGAUGCAGCAGAUAUAUCUCUUGGAACGAAGCUCAAUGAAGCAGACAUACCCAACAAAACAGUUUCAAACAGAGGAGCAUGUAGAAAUACCGCUCAAAGGAGCUGCAGAAUUUGUACGCAGUGAGCCAACACUUAGAUCCGCAAGAAACGCCUCCUCGAUCAUUACGUCUGAGUUUCCCCAGAUUACACGGGCUAAGAGCUCUUUCAACAUACGAUAUGGCGUGCCGCCGACGAUUCUGGAAUCGCGGAAACCACUUCUAGAUGAGUGCCUGCAGAAAGAGUUUAUAAAAACAUCGCAGAUAGAGGUUGAAAUAAAAAACUACAUCAGUGACGUACAAAACUUCUUGGCUAAACAAUCUCACAAAAGCGAGCCGAAGAGAGAGAAUCUGUAUGGCUUGUGGCAGACGACAAGUGGCGCCAUUUCUGACAAGACAACUGCCUCCAGUGUUGAAGCACCCAAAGGUGAUCCAAUUCCUGGUUCGGCCUAA